AUGCUGAAGUUUGCUCAACUUGGCCCAGCCGAGGAAGAGCAAUUGAGGAAGAGUGGUAUCGACCGCGCCAAACUUCGAAUAGAAUAUGAGGCGGCGCUGUCUUUGCUGCAGCAUCGCGCCUCAGAGGCGGCUGAGCUCCUACGACGCUUGGUCUUCGUGUCGGACGACCAAGGGGUGCCCUUGGCCUUGACCGCGGACCAGCGUGACCGGGUUUGGCUGCAGCGCUUCCACGUGUUGUGCUUGCAAAACCUGGGUGCUGCUCAGCAAGUGCUGGUUGGAAAGGAGCAGCAGGCCCUGGCCAGUUUGAAGGCCGCAGUGAAGUUGGAGAAGGAGUCUUCAACCGUCCCCAGGGCAUCUUUGUGGCGACAGCUCGCUGAUGCAGCGGCCACUGCUGGUGAUUGGCAGACGGCCACAGAGGCCUUGCAGCAGUGCCUUGGUGUUUGGCACACUGAGCGGCCGAAUGGCGGGCUGCCGGAGGCCGGGCUCUUGCGGGCAAUGGUGACCUGCGCAGUGCGGCUGGGGGAUUUGCCAAGGUCACAGCAAGCACUGUCACAGCUGGCGGAGCAAGACGCCUUGGAUGAAGGCGAGAAGUGGCUUCAGCAAAAAUUGAAGCGCCGAUUUGCGACCACCUUCUAUCACUUAGAACAUCCGACCGGAACCACUUCAGAGGUGGACCUCCUCAACGAGCACUACUCACGAGCCAAGCGCCGCCGGGCUGAGCGCAUGUCCACCAGCAGGGAGCUUCUCCAGAAAUUUUGCCCUCCGCAGGCGCACUGCCUGAUGCGCUUAAGCAUGCUGGAGUUCCUUCAAACGCUUCGCGCACUAGUUGCACAAGCUGUUCCGCCACAUCAACAAGUGUAUUUUGAUUUCAGCGAGUGUGCUGGGCGUCAGGACAGCCAGAAGGAGGCUGCAACGGAGGAGCACACACCGUCUGACCUCUUGCUGGAGGGCCUUCGAGCUAUGUUGGUGAAGCCCUGGCCACCGAGUGGUUCGGCCUCCCGCUGGUUGCUUCAACUGUUGGCCUCCGCACCGGAGUCCACCGUGACAGAGGAGACAGACAGCAUCUCCAGAUUUCUAGGGCUCAGUGAGGCAUCGAAGUGGAAGAGCAAGUGCCAAACUUUCCGCACUUGGUUGUUCGAUGUGAUCCGCUUUACAGCAGCGCACCGGGAAGAUAUUUUGCGGACCUCUAUGGACCUUUGUAAACUUACCUCUCUCCAGGUGGAGCUUCUUCACACGGUGGUCUUCUUCUCACAGCCAGUGGUGCGAUGCGAGAACUAUGACACCGGUUUGCGCAGCUUUUGGGCGCAUCGAUCCUUCCUGACCUGGGUCGUGCGGCCUUUGCGGGAAGGCGAAGAUGCAGAGCCGCGACAACUCCUGAGGGACUUCGUCCAAGAGCACGGACUGGCUUUAGCGGAAGCUUGUGCAGCCAUUGGCCGCCGGGCCCCUUGGCUCCUCACGGCCGGUCGGAGCCUAUUGCGCGCCUGGCUGUAUUGGCAUCCGCAGUUUGGGCUUUCGUCUUCGGAGGAUGUGGGGCAUCUACGCAACUGGCUGGAGGAAGGCCUUGGCUUUGAAAGUGCCACAGUGCUUGGGCGCUUGAAGGAAGAGAAUGAGGUUCGCUUGGCUGAAGCAGUCCACAAGAGAGAUUCGAAGGCGGAGGUGCUGGGGAUGCUUCACACGGGUGCGCAGCUGUUGGAGUAUGCCUUCCUUGCAGCGGCUAGCAGGGCCACUCCGCAGGAUCCACCAACCGAGGAGGCUCGUGAGCUGUCCCUGCUCCGUUGCUGGGCGUUGGCUUCAGUCUCGGGUGGUUUUGAUGACAUGACCCCGGAGAAGCUUUCGGUCAGGCUUCAGAAAGUCAGGCAGAAUCAGGACACGCCCAGGGAUGAGAUGGCGGUUGAGACCAGCCAGGCCAAGUUCCCCGGCGCUUGA